AUGAAGAUGAGCAAAGUGGGCAACCAAACCAACUCCCAAGAUCCUCAGGCGGUUAACUCUCGGGUUUUCGUGGGAAAUCUCAACACAUUUCAAUGUAGCAAAACCGACGUUGAAAGAAUGUUUCAACGAUACGGUCGUCUAGUGGGUAUAUCGAUGCACAAAGGAUUUGCUUUCGUUCAGUUCACUAAUCCCUUUGACGCUCGUAGUGCUUGUGUUGGAGAAGAUUCCCGGACAGUUUUGGGACAAACAUUGGACGUAAACCUAGUGGCCGAACCGAAACCACAUCAGACCGGUAGGAAAAGGCAAAACUUAUCAAAAACCGGAAACGAUUGGGAAUAUUAUUACAACAGCUAUUAUGCCGCCUCAUCGUCGACGAUAUCACCACCGACUGCUGUAACAGGUAACAACUGCAACAACGGUGGCUCAAAGGCUUCGAAACGUCAAAAGGUUAGCCAUCAGUUUUCGGCAAAGGGUGGCCGUAAUCAGAACGGAGGCUGCGGUGGUGGCCAACCAACAACCGGACAAGGGCUACAGCAGCAGUCAUAUCAUGCCAUCGUGCCGGACCAACUCAAGCUUUACAGCAAUCCAGACAUAUUGAUAUGUGGUAACUGCCGCGAGAUGUUCACUGAACUGCAAGGUCUGUUGGAUCACAAGAAGGAAUACUGCAAGCUCAGGUUUACGUGCAAAUGUAACAACUCAGUCAAGCCCAAUUUCAACAAUAAUAACAAAUGGCCCGGAAACUUGAACGAAGGCUGCAUAUCUUUGAUGUGUGUCCAGUGCAAAGAAUCAUUCGAUAGUGCUUGGGAUCUCAUGGUACACGCGCAAUCGGCACAUAUGAUGAACGUCUAUCAGUUGACUACCCGGGACCAGGUUACAGCAUCGCCUUUGGGUACAGAAUCAGAAAACGGAUCGACGUGUUCCGUGGGUGCUCAAGUAAACAUCGACGAAGACGCUAACGGAUCGGCGGACGAAUCUCUAUGCGGAGGCCGUAACGAGCUUUACGAACCGAUAGACAGCGUUCGCGUCCGUGAUGACACCUCAUCGGCAGCAAUGAGCUUCAUUGGUGAAACGGAAAAGGAACUGACCGAUGCACCGCCGAUGACAUCUUCCUGUCAAACUUGUCUUAUACAACAGCCUAACAUCCAAGCACUCAUGGGCGUCCAUUGAACUGCAAAAAAAUAACAAUAUUAUAUACCAUAUUCAUAUAUAUAUAUAUAUAUCAUAAUUUUGUCGUCAUAAUAUAUUUAUCAUACAUAGAUUUGCUUUUUGAACUAACAUCACCGCCAGAACACUAGAUAACUUCCGCACUAUUAUACGGCCAAUACAGCGCAAUAUUAUUGUCAUCAUCAUUAUUAUUGUAAUUGUGUAAUUAUUGUUAUUGUUAUUAUUGUAAUAUAAUAUUGUAAUGUAACCAAAAGAGGUCCAUUGAAAAACCGUGACAUAAUAUGUUUGUACUAUAUUAAAUAUGUUUAAGAACAAUUAUUUGAAUCCCUUGGCGAUUCCUUGCGAAAGUAUUUAAGAGUUCAGUCGGAUAUUAUUAUUAUUAAAUAGCAAUUAUCAUUAUUUUACUUAUUAGUUAAAAACUUUCUUUUUUUUUUAUAUAAUUUUACUGGUCAUCGCUACAUAAUAUUUGUGUGUUAAUUAUUUAAGAUCGCCUUAUAACUGUUUACAGUGUUACGUUACGCUCAUCGUUCAAGACGCCUAUAAUAAUAUUUAUUUCUAUAAUAAAUAUGUCGUUUUUAUUUUAUUUUAAUUAUAAAUUAAUGCACAAUAACAAUGUCGGAAAUUCUACGAAUACAAAUAAUACAUAUUAUUAUGGUUUGAAUCAGAAUAAUUUUUCAUAUUUUUCAUAUAGUUAUAUGUAUUGUAUACAUGA